AUGUACGUUUGUCCUUCUCCCCCAACCCCCCUUGCACCCACUCCGCUUACUCUCCCCGUCUCCCUCUCCCCCCCUCUCCCCUCCCCUCCCUCCCCCACCCCCGCUAUGCCCUGCCAUUCCCGUUACCCCUCAAUGCCAUCCCCGUUCCUCAUUGCCCCUGACAUUUUGGAUUGCCUCAACGCCCCCAACAGGGUUGGAGCUGAUGGAAAUGUUAGAGAAGAUGGGCUAGCGAGUGGCGGCCAGCCAGCCAUGGGGCUCAGGCUGAUGGAGGUCUUAGAGAGGAUGGGCGAGCGCGUGGCGGCCAUGGGGCUCAAGUGCGGCGAGAGGCGGCUGCACCAGCUGGCAAACGUGUUUGGGGAGAUGCGGCACCCCGAAACCGUCUUCUCCCACUUCAGGCUCGACGCCCACGAGCAGGAGACGCUGUUUCGUUUCAUGCAGGAAGAGGUGGAGAAGCUGGGGGACGUGCGCAACUGCAUGGAGCGACUCAACACUCUGCGCUCGCUUCUCAGAAAGAAGAAGCCUGCACCAGCCACAAGCCUUCUGUCUGAGCUGCAAGCUGCCUCAGCUGACGCCCUGGGCGACGGCGACGGCAAGGAGGAGGCAGAGAAGGAGGGCGACUCGUCCUCGUGGAUGCCUCGCUGCGACCUGCCAGGGGCCGAGGAGAUCCUCAAACUGACGGCAACCAUCUCAGAGCUGCAGAGCCGGUGCCUGUGGUCUGUUGAGCUGGACCAUGUCGUGCGGCUGCUGGUGCUGGCGAUCAUCCUCCUGAGGGACAGAAUCAUCUCCGUCUUUGCCAUCAACGCCCGCUCCUCCGAUGCCUUGACUCGCGAGGGCUCCCUGGGCCGCGCUGGGCUGGCGCUGCGCUACGCCAAGGUCAUCAAUUUGGCGGAGAAGCUCAUGAAAUACCCCUUCAUGGCUGCUGGCAGCACACGGUGGGAGUACACUGGCGCGGGGGUGGCGCUGCGCUACGCCAAGGUCAUCAACCUGGCGGAGAAGCUCAUGAAGAUGAGUGACUGUAAGGAGCACACUGGGGCUGGUGUAGUGCUGCGCUACGCCAAGGUCAUCAACCUGGCGGAGAAGCUCAUGAAGUAUCCCUUCAUGGCUGCUGGAAGUACAAGGGACGAGCUGGACGAGCUGUACGGGCUGCUGACCUACAGCACCAAGAAGGACCUCGCCCUGCGGCUAUCCCGGCCUGUGACCUCCUCCAAGAGCAAAGACACCAAGGCAGAAGAAACCGGCAGCAAGGGUGCUGGCAAGAAAGGGGAGAAACGAAAGGAUGGAGACGAGGAUGAGGAUGAUGGGGAUGAUGGGGAUGAUGAUGAUGAUGAUGAUGAUGGAUUUACUUGGUUGAAGAAGCCUAGUCCGUUGAAUGACCCGCGCGGUUUGGGUGGGAAAGGAGGAGGGGGAAAGGGAGGGGAGGGGGAUGAGGAGGACGAGGAUAUGGAGGAGUGGGAGAGGCGCAUGCGGAAAGCGUUGAGUCUGCUGCCCCUGCUGGCGCAGCACACGAUUGCAUGGAACGAUGCUAUCACUGUGAAGCCCUCGUCGAACCGCAAGGCAACGCGUUUGCUGAGAGUACAGACCCUGUACCACGCACAGAAGGCGGUGAUUGAUGCCUCUCUCCUCGACGCUCUGGAGGGGGUAUCCCGCCUCGUCGCCUCCGAUGCCUCCAACCUCACGCAGCUCAACUCCCGCAAGAUGGAAGCUGUAGCUGCCGAGGCCCGCAAAAAGCUCGACAAAACUUCCGCAGAUUCCAAAAAGCCCCGCGCGGUCAUGAUCUCGGGGAUCUUCAAGCCUAAGCGCGCCGCAGCAGGGAUCGUGCACGGCGCGCCGCUGCCCAUGGUGUUUGAGCCGGCGACAGAGGUGGGGAAGGUGACGGAGAAAGGGAAGGCCCCGGAGCUGUCGCCGAGGGGUGCUGUGCCGCUUUCGCCCACUGGGGCGUCUGCUGCUGAGCCUGCUGCGAGUUUUCUGGUGAAAUCUGGGUCGGUUUCGGCUCCCAGGUCGGUUUCUCCUGCUUCUGCUUCUGCUGCUGCUGCUGCUGCUGGUGCGGCCUCUGCCCGGACUAGGUUUCCCACGUCGGCAUCCGUUUCUGUUGCUGGCUCUUCUGCUGCUCCCUUCAGGUCAUCUGACUUGACUCAGAGAGCCCCCCGCCCUCUCCCUGCACUACCAGCAGCAGCUGAUGCAUCCACCCCAGGCCAAACCGCACCUCUGCUCUCUCCCUCUCUCCUCGCUCAGUCUCUGCUCUCCACCUCCUCUCUACCAUCUUCCCAGAUAUCUUCACUCGUCGAAGCCACCCCUUCUCUGUCUCCUCCCCCCUCUGCCACACCUCCCACCCCACCACCACCUGACACCCUCGACUCCCCCAAAAGCCCUCUGAAACCCCGACCUCCCUCACAGCCCCCCGUGCGCCCCCCUUUCCGUGGCUCGGCCGCUAAUAGCGUGGACUUAUCUGUGGGAGGUGACAACCCGAGGUCUCCCAGGGGGUUUGUUCGGGCUGGGGCUGAGGCGUCAGGGGGUUCUGCUGGGGCUGGGAAUCUGGAUGGGCCGCCGCGGUCCCCACGUGCUUAUGUGCACUUCGCUGAUCCACCUGCUGGUUUGGGUGGUGAACGCAGUGGCAGUAGCAGCAGUGGGAGUGGGAGUGGGAGCGGGGAUAGGGCCGAAGCAGCAGCAGCAGGUGGAUUCAGGGAAGGUGCAACCAGGGACGGUUCAUCUAGCCCAGCAUCACCCCACGGCCUUUCUAGACUCAGCCCCAGCACCCCCUCCAACAGCACCACCCCAGACAGCAGCCAUGCCAACCGCCCAGUGAGCCCUCUCGGCCAAUCACACCGCUCCACGCCCUCCAUUACAAUCAUACCACCGUCCCACAGCCGAGUGUCAUCCACCUUCCGAGCGCCCGUGCCCCCCGCCCUCCUGUCGCCCACGUGUGUAAUCUACGACUCCACUCCCAAGUCCCCGGCGCCUGUGGCGAGCCUGCAGCGGCUCAACGCAAGGAAGGAGACGCGUGACGAGCCGCACCUCCUCUCGCCCCACCACGCCUCCCAUGCUAGGCUCUUCUUCCAGUGUCUCCUCUGGAUCUGUCAUGUCCAGCCGCCCAUCCGAUGCAAUCACGUGUGA